AUGGAUGUGCAGGGGUGCUCCCCAAUGCUUGCAAGGGAGCCUGAGUGGGAGAAGGCCCAGGAAACCAUGGUUCCCAGCUGGAGGACCAGCUGUCUUUAUGGGAUCCUGCUGGUGUAUGACAUCGCAAACCGCUGGUCGUUCGAAGGCAUCGACCGCUGGAUACGAGAGAUUGACGAGCAUGCCCCGGGUGUACCUCGUAUCCUGGUAGGCAACCGGCUCCACCUGGCGUUCAAGCGCCAGGUUCCUACGGAGCAGGCCCGGGCGUACGCGGAGAAGAACGGCAUGACCUUCUUUGAGGUCAGCCCGCUCUGCAACUUCAACGUCAUCGAGUCGUUCACAGAGCUGUCUCGCAUCGUACUGAUGAGGCACGGCAUGGAGAAGUUCUGGAAGCCCAACAGAGUCUUCACUCUCCAGGACCUGUGCUGCAGAGCGAUUGUCUCCUGCACGCCCGUCCACCUAAUCGACAAGCUGCCAUUGCCCGUGGCGAUAAAGUCCCACCUCAAGUCCUUCUCUAUGGCCAAUGGGAUGAACGCAGUGAUGAUGCACGGACGUUCCUAUUCGCUGGCCAACGCGGGGGGCGGGUCUAAAGGGAACAGUCUGAAGCGUUCUAAAUCUAUCAAACCCCCCCAGAGCCCCCCCACAGAACUGCACACGCAACAACUGUAA